CUUGUAGCCUUCAUGGAGAAAAAUCCCGAAGUAGCCAGAGGAAGUAAGUUUGUCCAAUCACGGGAAUCAGUUACUUCUCUAUGGUGGACAGUGACGGAUUCGCUGAAUAGUUUGGGUCCUCCCACUCGUUCCGUUGCAGCAUGGCAAAAGGUUUGGACCGACAAAAAGCUGCAACUAAAGCGAAAGCUGCAGCAUAACAAGAAUGAGUUGACGGCCACUGGAGGUGGGCCAAACACUCUACAUUCAUUUAACGACCUGGAAGAAACCAUCAUUCGUCUCCUUUCACUGGAGAGAGCGGUGAACCACGAUGGAUCUGUUUUUGGAAUACAACUACCACCUAGUGCAACUGAAAUUGAUGAACGCCCAGCAUGUGUGCCUUGCGACGAUGACCCGAGUGAGGAACCGAAUGUCCCGGGCGACGAGUCUACGCAUGAUAAUGCAGUCCAUGAUGAUGCGAUUAGGAAGGGUCAACCAGCAACGCGCGUCCGUGGACGAAUGACUAAUCGGAAUUACAGUAAAGUGCUGCUUGAAAAGCAGACUGAUGAUCUGAGUAAGAUGAAGCGGCAUGUGUCGGACUGCGCUCGAUAUUCGCGUAAAUCGUACGAUUUGCAAGGAAUGCGAUUCGAGCUUGAAAAGAAGCGGUUGCAGCUGGACGAGGAAAAAAUUCUUUUCAAAAAGCGGAUGCUACUGGAGAAGCAAAAAUCUAAAAGCCAGCAGCUACAAUGCCAGUUGCAACUGCUUCAGUACAAGAAGCAGAAGCUAGACUUUGAAAUGGGACGGACAACAACGAUUAAUACUGAUGCGCAGGAUUAUCAUGACAUGGACCAGGAUGAAAGUGACGAUUAAUUUAUUACUAUUACUUUUUUCAGUUAGUUUCCUAAUAAUGUUAGUAUAAACGUUAUUGUUUUGA